UUGAGACCGUCCCAGGACGCGCUGACCAUGUUGACCACGUUAGCAUGGACCACUGUGAAGUAGCUUCACAUCUGCCUCUAAACCAAGAUGCCCCGCUCUGCAACCAAGCAAAGACGUGCGUCGUCUGUCCAAGUGACUACACCUCCAACACAGGACCUGGAAGUGGAAGAUAUUGUACCUGGUCGCUUAACUCAAGCCCAGUGGACGGACAUGUUGAUCCAAGAGGAUGCAGAUGAGGCAGUGGGGGAGAUCAUGGAGGACCUGCUGAGCAUGGUCAUGGAGGGCUGUUUUAAAGUGUACAUUGAAAGACAGAUAGCACCUUUCUCUGCAUCCUGGGCCAAGAGCUACCUCACACAGACUAUAGAACAGCAAAUCUUGUGCCCAGAUGAAGGAGAAGCAACAGAUGAAAUAUCUAAAACAGAAGACUCUGAGCCUCUGCCAGCAAUUUCUGACCCCUGGGUUCAAGGAUGUGUACCUGUUGUAAAUGCUCCCCCUCGACCUCACUCCAUCUCAAGACAGCAGGGGGCUGAUGUUCCAGUGAAAACAGAGCCACAAGUCAACCAGCAAUGUCAUGUUAUAGCCCAAAGAAACAGCUCUCCAAAGCAAUCUGAAAAGGGAACAAGUCCCAGGAGGCCUGUCAGUUACCAGUGCUUUCAAGUUCCUAGUCCUCCCCGACUACCAAAAACUGAUCUAAAGAAAAAGCGCCGCGUUAAUGUACAUUUCAAGCCUGUUCCAAGCAAAUUACUGCCUCCCCAGCCCUGUUCAGAAGAAAAAAAUAAUGAGGUGGAAGGUAAAGAUCGGACACAUUCUGUUUAUAACCAUAAAGCAGGAUCAUCAUAUCAGCGUGAGAACUACCAAGGCUUACCAAAGCUUGAUCACUCCUGCCUGCCUCGACACUGCAUCUUUCCUCAGUACGACAUUGUGGAUAACAACUACGCAAAACCCAACUCCAAGAAACCAAGUGGACUUUCCAAACUAGAUAAAUUUAACAAGCAGCAAGCUGAGUGGACAGUAACCUCACUGAAGCAACUAACCAGCUCCAAAGAUCAGCCGGUAAAGUUUCAGGGGAGAAAUGAGGCAGAUGUCUGGCUGAAGAAAUUGUCUUCUCCUAGACAUAGCAAGGAAAGGAUUGUGUCCUCUGGGCCUCUGAGGCUGGACACGAUGGAGUUGGCCAAGGGUGUGUCUCUCCUGGAUCCCCAGGCAGUUGAAAUGAGCCCUCUGAAAUGUAACCCUCUAACAAAAUCUAUCAAUCUGAAGCAGAUACAAAGUGAUGCAGCUGUGCCGCUGUUCUCCGUGGAUCAAGUUACUGCAGGUCCACCACCUCAGGUCACCCCAUUCUUUCAAUCCAAGAGCUAGAAGAGUUUGUACAAUUUAAGGAUCGCACAUGUCUGUGGUUGUAUUUAGAGCAGAAUGAGCUAUAUGUUAACACAUGGCCAUUUUACAAGAUGGGGCCUCAUAAUCUAUUAAAACACUUUCAGAU